GCCGGAAGUGCCGGUUGCCUAGGCGACGGGAAGGAAAGGAGGGGGAGGACAGGGACGUCGAAGGCCUUUUGGAAGGGACUCUAUGGAGAAGGCCGAGGAGGAGGGCUGCCAGGCUGAGCUUCGUUAAUGGCAGAUACGCAUGCGCAGUAGGAAAAAACAGCACUGGUGAUGCGCAGUGCAGACAGAAAUCCACAAUGGUGCUGAGCCGGCGGGUGUACAAUUUGCUCUUUCGGCGGACGUCGACCUUCGCGCUCAGCAUCGCCGUGGGCGCCUUGACCUUUGAGCGGGCCUUCGACCAAGGCGCCGACGCCCUCUUCGAGCACCUCAACAAAGGGAAGCUGUGGAAGCACAUCAAGCACCGAUACGAGCUCUUCUAAAGAUCUCGGGCUCCAUUUCCUUUUUGGAUCCUGUUGCCUCCUGCCUGGCUAACUCCCCAGUUGCCAAACCUUGAGAUUGGG